AUGGGGUCAUCUCGACAGACAGAGAGAAAGAGGACUAUUGAUCACCCGGAAGGCGAGGACGCUCAUGGUCGUGUGGCCGGCGGUAUUAUCGAAGAGGAUGAAAUGGAGGUGGAGAAUGACGCGCGCGGGUUCAUGCGCGUGCGGCUUGAUGAGGUGAGGCAGAAGAUGGACGCCGAGGAACAGGCGAGGGAUGUAUUUCGGUGGAAUGGACAGAUUCCAGUUUCGGAGGUUCUCUAUUCCAUCCAUCUUGCAGAGCCUCCGCACUCAAUUCACCCAAACACACGAAGACAUCGCAACAUCCUCCUCGCGCUGCUCCCGACGCUCUCGGAGCAGGUGCUGCGCGCGAUGGAUGUGGAUGCGGUGAAGCGGGAGUUGCAGGCACGGUCGCGGGUGGGUAAAGGGAAUAGGGAGCAGCAGGUGUUGGGGAUUGGGAAUGGGAAUACACCAGCACAAGCACCGGCGAAUAAGAGGAGUGUGUACCCACUUGCACCGUACCCUUCCACUCCACCUCCGCCCCAGCCUCGUCAAACGCCUCCACAACAGGCUCAGGCUCAGCCCCAGCCUCAUCAAACGCUUCACGCACCUGCUCACCAUCACCCACACCAGCGCCCGCACCGUUCACACUCUCGCCGCCCGCACCCGUGUUCGUGCCGCGCGCCGCGUCGUUGCAUUCCGCGUCGUUGUACCCGUUCGCCUGUUUCUUUGCACUCGCCGUACCUUUCGCUUUCAGGGACAGAGUCAGAGUCUAUUUCCAUCUCGCACGACACGCAGGAGAUAUCGUCGUCGUUUGUAUCGGACAACGGGUCUGUGAGUCGUAGUUGGGUCGUUGAGGGUUCGGGUGAGGGUUCCGAACAAGGAGGUGCAGGGGAGAGAGCGCCAUCGCCUGCUUUGAGCUCUGUUUCUGGUGUUUCCCGUUUCGCAUUCGAAUUCGACGGAUGA